AUGUCUAAGUUUACGGAUAACUACUGUUCCCUAUUAGCCAUCAUAUGCUUAUGCACGCUAUACGUACCGGUGCUGAUGGAGAAGGACUCGGACUCGGAAUCCCUGUGCGGACUCAAGAAGAUCGUGAGGACACCUAAAAUAAUCAACGGUAAGGACGCCUAUCACGGACAGUACCCGUGGGCGGUGUCCCUACGCCUCCACCGGCGCCACCAUUGCGGCGGUGCUCUCAUCGACCAUAACUGGGUGCUGACGGCCGCCCACUGCGUCGCUCAGAUCAGUCACCGGGUGUUUACCGUCAAACUGGGCGGACACUACCGGAACACCGAGUUUGAGACGACAUCGGUGGAGGUGCCGGUGAGUCGGGUGGUGCCGCACGAGUCGUUCAGCUUCUCCAGCUUUGCCAACGACAUAGCGUUAGUCCGAUUGGCCAAGACUGUCGACUAUAACAACUAUAUAUGGCCCGUAUGUCUGCCCCAGACGGACGCCACCGAUUAUGCCAACCAGACAGGGGUUGUCAUCGGUUGGGGUAAGAUAUCUACGGCCGGUGUGUCCGCCUCUAGCCUACAACAAGUGGAACUGCCUAUUAUUGAUAAUCAGAAGUGUAUUAAGUGGUACGAGUCCCAGGGCAAAGUCAUCCCGAUCAGAUCGAGUCAAUUCUGUGCGGGACUGGAGGAGGGAGGGAAGGACGCCUGUCAGGGGGACUCGGGCUCACCCAUGAUGAGAGUGGAUCAGACCAAUGGUCAGGCGCAGGCCAUAGGCAUCGUGAGCGCCGGCAUUGGGUGCGCACUGCCUAAACUGCCCGGCCUUUACACCAGAGUUGCCUCAUACCUGCCGUGGAUUCAGAAAAUAUUGGCCACAACUCCGGCCGACAAACUGCCGCCACUGGUGCCCGAUGUCAGCAAAAUUUUCAACACUACCGGCGCUAUACAUACGGUGCCCGCCGGUAACGGCAGUAUUAUCAUAAUUAGUUUGCAGAAUCUGACACAUCCUAACACACCGGCACCGGUGGUCACCACGACAUCACUGCCCACUAAUAACAGUGCAACUAAUGUAUAG